AUGAUCUUGAAAUGCGAAGGACGAGCCGUUUCUGUGUGGUGGUUUGUGGGUGGGCGGCCUGGACGAAAGAGGAGGAGCAGUUUUUUUGGCUGGUGUCGUGUGUGUCUGUAGCUGCUGGAGUUAUGGGGGACUUUAGCGGCGCAGUGUCGGUGGGAGGACGGGUGUGUGUGUCCGCUCUGUCCAGCCGGACAGGAGCCCACCACGGCUUGCGGGGAAGUUGAGGGUCCUGGUGAGACCGGAUUGUGCCGGACUUGCCCAGCAGGCACCUUCUCUGAUACCCAUGACACUGAGCCGUGCCGCCCACAUCUCUCCUGCAGGGCACUGAACCGCUGGAUCUCGACCGCACCGACCUCGCAUUCUGACACCGUGUGUGGAGGAUGUCUUCCUGGGUUUCACCCUGCUGCUACAUGGAAGUCCUCCACCCUCCAUGCCUGCGUCAGGAAGCCAUACAGCCGGCGGAGACGUAACGUUAGUAAGAGCGCCCCCAACAGGUCUGGAGUGGGAGGUGCAAACGCCACCAGCGUUCAGGGUCCAGAGGAGAAGAGCACGGAGUACGCCGUGUUUGCACUGGUGCCCAUCUUCUGUGUGAUGGGCCUGCUGGGAAUUCUCAUCUGCAACCUGCUCAAGAAGAAGGGCUACCGCUGCAAUGCGGAGAAAGACGGGGUGGAUGCAGAAGCCGCCACUCCACAGAAAGAAGGAAACCCUUGUCCCUACAUUGUUGAUGACCCCAAUGAAGACACCAUCAGCAUUCUGGUGCGGCUCAUCACAGAGAAGAAAGAAAAUGCAGCUGCUCUGGAAGAACUUCUGCAGGAAUAUGAGAAUAAACAGAUGGCCCUCAACAAGAGCUCAUCCGUCAAGUUUCCGGCUCUUCCUCAUUUCUCUCCGUUCCGGUCGUUGCCGCGGCUGUGUUCUCAUCAGCAUCAUUUGCACACUAUAAACGGGCUGGCCCCGCGCUCUGGCCUCUGCUGCUCCCGCUGCAGUCAGAAGAAGUGGCCUGAGCUACUGCUGCCCAUCGGUACGCACAAGAGCCCCACUAACCUGGUCAAGACGCCGGAGGUCACCAUCCUGUCUGUAGGGAGGUUUCAAGUCGCUCAGAUCCCAGAAGUCAAGUCAGCUUCCAAGGAAGUGACCCAGCCGGAUCCGAGCGAUACGGACUCCAUGGACAGCGGCCACACCGAGCCUGCGGAAGAGCGUUCCCUGCUGGGCGUGUCCUCUUCCUGUAACUCCGCCUCCUCAAAGUCCAGACAGGAGGUGAGUUUGUAAACAAGCGGAACAGGAAUAUUCCUCCAAGCACUCGAUGAACAUCUGAAAGGCUGAGGAGGAGGACGUCCAGGACGGGACGGAUGACAUCAUCAGGAGGCGAGCGAGCGAUCGGGGCAGACGUGUGACGGUGACGUCAGUAUUCACCACCUUGAGGAGCCUUGAAUUCAAGACCUUAGGAAACAUUCGUAUUUAUUGCAUAAGUCCUAGAACUAUUUUAUU